ACUGUUACAUAUAACAUACGCGAUUGCAAAGAAAAUAGACUCUGGGUUACCAUUGUGGUGAUAAUUCGAAACUUUGUGUGCGGCGUUAGUUCUUUCGCGGUGCAAGAACUAGGUGGUGCAGCUUUCGAUUGGAUUUAGUGCGAGGUAUCAAAAUGAGAAUUAUUGUAACGUGGCCGUUGUUCCUAUUGAUAGGCAUUGCAUUUCUUAGUGAAAUACAAGCUAGAAGAAUAAGACUCCAACCUCGACCUCUACCUCAAGAAGAAACCGAAGAAACUAUUCAAUAUUAUGCCGCAGAACCGCAAGAAGACGUUGAUAAUAGACAACGAGUUGUUUUAGUGUCGUCAGCUGAUCAAUACAAUGGUUUAUACGGUCAACCAACAUCAGCCCCAAGGGGAGCUGCUCAAGAUAAUUACAGAGAUAAUUACAUUCCCAGAGAAUCGCCCAAAGGUCGACAAUACAUAGCCCAAAGAGUAAAGGAAACUCCUAAGGAACCACCAGUACAAACUAUAAGAAAUUAUAACAAAGUAAACGAUGACGGUUCCUUCACAUUUGGCUAUGAAGCUGCCGAUGGCAGUUUUAAAGAAGAAACCAGAGGUACCGAUUGCGUUGUACGAGGCAAAUACGGUUACGUAGAUCCAGAUGGUAAUAAAAGAGAGUUCACUUAUGUGUCUGGAAACCCUUGCGACCCUAAUGCACCGAAAGAUGAAGACGACCAAGCAUCUGAAAAUGAAAGUCCCGAAAACGAAAACAUCCCAGCUAACUACCCAACGAGACCAAUCGGGCCAUUAUCAAGACCUGUCAGUACACCCAAACCUGCCGUUACCUUAUUCCAAACUCAAUAUGAACAAGCAGGAGAAGAAGAACAACCUGAGCCGGAGCAAUUGUUGAGGCCUACACCAACACCAAUUCAAAGCAUCAGAAGUAGGCCACAAUACAUAGCUAGGCCACAAUACGUGCAACAGCCUCAACAACAGCAAAUUGCGUACCAGAGACCUCAACAUCAAUUGGUACCAUCCAGUACUCCGGUAUCAACACUUUACAGGCAACAAGUACAACCAGUCACAAUAACUCCAAGACCACUACUACAGACAGCUUCUCCAACCACAGCUACCAGGACUCAGCUACCAGCUACUACCUUUAGGCCACAAAUUGUACCAGUUUCUGCGACACCAAGACCACAAUUGCUGUAUAGUCCUAAAACUGUAUCACCAGCACCAACCAAAGGAAUUGAUUUUGACGCUGAAUUCCAAAGAUUCCAACAAGAAAACAACGUUGUGUCUCCCACUCCGAGCUCAGCCAGUAAAGGCGUUGGUACCAGGCCUGAGGCUGUAGGACAGCUUUACAGUUCAGCUUUAGUAUAUGAUCCCACUACAGGUCAAUACAAAAACCAACUCUAUCAAUCCAUACCCCAAACCGAAAGUGACUUUUCUUUCAACCAAAGAAUACAGCCCUAUGUACACCAGCAGCAACAGCAGCAGCAGCAGCAACAAAGGCCCACAGUGAGCUUACAGCAACAAAGACCUACAGUCAGUCUACAGCAAUAUCAACAGCAAUACCAACAACAAAGCCCGCUCUACAGACAGCAAGUGCAGCAGAUUAAUCCACAAGCAGUCUACCAAGCUCAACAAGCUGGUUUACAGUUUCAAAAUUCAGCCCAACUGUAUGCACAGCAACAAAAAGCUAGACAACAGCAGCAACAACAGCUACAGCAGCAACAAAGCAUUGCGCAGAAGCCGGCUACAGCACAACAGCCUGUAUAUUACAUACAGCCGUCUGUAGAUGGUACGGGAGCUUUAGGUGCUAGUCAAAUCGAUGCUUUUUUGAGAGGACAUAAUAUUCAAUAUUGAGCUGGUAUUGUUUGCGGUGAUAUAUUUUAAAUUAAAAGUUAAAAAAAUAGUCCUGAUAUUACAUUCACUAUUGAUGUCGAAUUAUUAGAAAUUAGAAUACGUAGGUAAAAAGAUUGGACAAACAAGUAUUGUGGGCAGUAGUGACCUAUAAACUAGUGAAAGCGUUAUCUAUAUAUCACAAUAUAGAUUUGUCACGCCUGUUUAAUAAUCCAUUUUUAUUUCUAUUCUUAAAGAAAUCUUUCACCUUAUGGUCCUUCGUGAAGCCAGUGUCGUUUUUUUUUUCUUUGAAACGUGCCUUAUUUUUAUACUCAACUAUAAUUAGGAGGUUAGUUCUAUAAUAAACAUUUUAUAGGAUAGCAAUAGUCAAUAUUUUAUUUUGCCCAUGUUAUUAUUUAUUUUUAUAUAAAACUAUUUCUUUUAAAAUUGCCAAAUUUAGAUUGUAAAUAUUUUAGAUCAAGUUUUUUAUAUCAAUUUCACCACCUGUUAGCAGUUAAGGUUUUUAGCAUCGUACUUGAUUUAUUUUGUUAUACUUUUUAAUCUGUUUCUAUUUAUAUAGAAAAUAAAAA